AUGAAUUUGAACUUCGCCUCCAAACUCGUCACGUUCCGAGACGAGAUCGUUCUGGUCUCACACAAGCAGCAUGGCAACGUCCACAAGGCCCUACCGAGGUGGCGAUCGUGACUGGUUCCGUGUAUUGUUUGGCUUUCGCGAGCUAGACUUUGACUACGAAGAGGUGCAAGGGAAGUUUGAGCUUGUGGACAAUGCGACGACCCUGCGAUCGACUGUGAAUGGCAAGUCGUACGGCAUUGGUACGUUCGAGUGCUUGUCGUUGGCUGCGUUGCGGGUCGCUGGCCUCGACACAGCCGUGGGCGGCGACACGAAACUGCGUCAUGAAGCGUCCACCGACGUCUUCCUAGACCAUUGCGACAGCGCCAACCAGCACGCGCUCUUCCAAGCGGCGUCACAGUUGAAUUGCUUGGAGUUUAUGAGUCCUCGAAGUGUGCCGGAACAAGGCGUCACGCGCUACGACAGAGAUCCCACGCAAGGCCCCGCGUGUGCCCUUGCGGCAGGGCCGGGCACGGUAUUUCGCAACUACUUUGCUUCUGUGAAUGGAAAGCCUGGCCAAACUGCUGAGAAUCAACUCAAUAACCUCGACGCUGUCGAAGCCAUUCUGUCCAACCACAAACACAAGUACUUGGACGUUGUCAACGGAUACACUGACUCUACGCCAUCCCGACUCGCCAAGCUAAACACAACGGUGCUGCACGACCACGCAACCAGGGACGUGCUGGCCAACGCAGUCAAGAUUGGCCUGCACUGGAACGUGCAAGUUCCGUUUUCCUCUCGGUAUGCCACGACCAACAACCAGCACUUCGUGUCGCAAGCGUAUUGCUCGGCCAUUUCGGUCGGGUAUUCCGCAGCCAGCCAGAGCGACUGGGCGCCGUUUGCAAAGCUCGUACUACAGGCGUCGUACGAAGCUACGCUGUGGGCUGGUGUCGUCAACUACCAUCGCACGGGAUGCAACAAGGUGUUUUUGACGGCGCUGGGUGGCGGGGUGUUUGGCAAUCGAGUGGACUGGAUCGUGGACGCCAUCGCCGCGGCUGUGGCGGCGGUGGCACGCCACGGACUCGACAUUGUCAUCGUGCACUUUCGCCGGGUGGACGUGUCGUUCAAGCGCGAUUUGGCACUUGCCUUAGCCGAACACCGACGAGGUCAAUGCUAACCCAUAGUUUAAAACGACAAUAUAACUACAUAGAUGAAAGCUGC